GCCUGAAUCGAGGUCACGUUCGGCGCUCGAGGAUUCGGGAGUAGGACAGCAGCUAGGGAGCCUCGCGCUGAACCUGGAGCACUGUGUCAGACAGUCUGCCUUCGCAAGCCGUUCCGCGGGACACUACAGCUGCUUUUCCCUUAUCCCGAAGAAGAACGUUACGGAAAUCACCGCAACAAUAACAAGCUACCCGGCACUCUUUCGGACUGUACAGGGGGCGCCCUUCCUGCUCUGUGCUCCAUCAGAGUGUCAUGUGUGAAGUAUGCUGAUUCCCACCUGGCCCCAGAAGCAUCUCCCUAAACAUGACUGAAGGCGCGGAUACCCAGCGGUACCUAUACGCCUCCGUGGAGGAACCGGAUGCGUUCAGGGAGGAGGAGGAGGAAGAGGAGGAGGCAUGCAGCUCUAUCGGCCAGCGUUGCCGCAUGAGCAGCUUCGGUGAGGGGCGGGGUCGUGGCGGACCCGAGCUGGGCCUGCCCUCUGAGGGCAGCGAGAGCAGCCGUGAGCCGCGCGGCGAGCGCCAGAGAACACGCUCCCUGCACGAGGACAUGGAGAUGAACGGGAGCGGCUCCAGCGGCAGCGGGACGGAGUCCCACGGCAACGAGUCCCACGGCAACGAGUCCCACGGCAACGAGUCCCACGGCAACGAGUCGCACGGCAACGAGUCGCUGGGCAGCUCCAACGGCAACUGCAAGGACUCAGCAGUGCUGGAGUCGUCGGGGAGUAACAAGAGCUCAAACUCCCACAGCCCAUCCCCCCCCAGCAGCACAAAUGUCUUCAGCUUGCUGAGCGCCAGCUCCGAGCAGGACAACCCCUCUACCAGCGGCUGCAGCAGUGAACAGUCCGCCAAGGCCAAGACACAGAAGGAGAUGUUCAAGACCCUGAAGAAGCUGAAAGUGCACCUGCCCUCAGAGAAGAGGAACAAGGGCAAGUCCAGCACCUUGAACACGCUGAAGUACGCGCUGCGCUGCGUCAAGCAGGUCAAAGCCAAUGAGGAGUACUACCAGAUGCUGAUGAUCAACGACAGCCAGCUUCCGGGCCUCGACGUGUCGUCCUACACCAUCGCCGAGAUCGACAGCAUCACCUCAGAGUACACGCUCAAGAAUACCGACAUCUUCGCCGUGGCCGUGUCCCUGAUCACGGGCAAGAUCGUCUACAUCUCCGACCAGGCCACCUCCAUCCUCAACUGCAAGCGCGACGUGUUCAAGGACGCCAAGUUUGUGGACUUCCUGGCCCCGCAGGACGUCAGCGUGUUCUACAGCUUCACCACGCCAUACCGGCUACCCUCCUGGAGCAUGUGCACGGGGGCAGAGUCCUCGCUGUCUGACUGCAUGCAGGAGAAGUCUUUCUUCUGCCGAAUAAGCGGCGGGAGGGAGCGUCGGGGGAACCUGCAGUACUACCCCUUCCGCAUGACGCCGUACCUGAUGAAAGUGCAGGACCCGGAGCUGGCCGAGGAGCAGAUCUGCUGCCUCCUGCUGGCAGAGAGGGUGCACUCCGGAUAUGAAGCUCCCAGAAUCCCCACGGACAAGCGGAUCUUCACGACGACGCACACGCCCAACUGCUUAUUUCAGGAUGUGGACGAGAGGGCAGUCCCUUUGCUGGGGUACCUGCCCCAGGACCUGAUCGGGACCCCCGUCCUGCUGCACCUGCACCCCUGUGACCGUCCCCUCAUGCUGGCCGUGCACCGCAAGAUCCUGCAGUACAUGGGGCAGCCCUUCGACCAUUCCUCCAUCCGCUUCUGCGCCCGCAGUGGCGAAUACGUAACCCUCGACACUAGCUGGUCAAGCUUUGUGAAUCCCUGGAGCCGCAAGGUGUCCUUCGUCAUCGGCCGGCAUAAAGUCCGCAUGGGCCCCGUGAACGAGGAUGUGUUCGCCUCUCCCGACUUCACCGAGGGGAAGAUCAUGGACUCGGACAUCCAGGAAAUCACUGAGCAGAUCCAUCGCCUGCUGCUGCAGCCUGUCCAUAGCAUCGGCUCCAGCGGCUACGGCAGUCUGGGCAGCAACGGCUCCCACGAACAGCUGGUCACCGUGGCCUCAUCCAGUGACAGCAGCAGCAGCAGCCACGCCCCCGACGAGGCCCGCAAGGCCAAGCCGAGGACCUUCCAGGAGAUCUGUAAGGGUGUCCACCUCCUGAAGAGCCAGGAGCAACAGCAGCCCCCCACAGCCUCCUCGACCAAGGCAGGGUCCCGGAAGAACACAGGGGCUGAGCAGAGGCUAUCCGUGGUGCGUGCCAAAGAACCAGCUCCAUCUCCCAGCACCAAGGAGAACGCUGGUGCUCAGGAGGAGUUUUCCUAUAAAGACCAGACGGUCUACUCCUACCAGCAGAUCAGCUGCCUGGACAGCGUCAUCAGGUACCUGGAGAGCUGCAACGUCCCCAUCACAGUGAAGAGGAAAUGUCACUCGUCAUCGAAUACAACAUCCUCCAACUCCGACGAGGACAAGCAGAAGGUGGCCGACGGCGCUACCCCUGAAGUGCCUGGAGCAGAAUCCUCACUGCUAGAGGCCCCAGCCGGCCUGCCUUCUAUCAAGGAGCCUAAGAAGCCGGCAGGCCUGGUGGGGGCCUCCCUGACCCCGCUGGCCCUGCCCAGCAAGCCGGAGAGUGUGGUCUCCAUCACCAGCCAGUGCAGCUACAGCAGCACCAUCGUCCACGUGGGGGACAAGAAGCCCCAGCCGGAAUCCGACAUCACCGAAGAUGUGGUGGAAGGUCCCACCCCGACGGCGGCACCACUGGCACCUCCUAGCCAGGAGAGGGAGCCCUACAAGAAGCUGGGCCUGACCAAGCAGGUGCUGGCGGCCCACACGCAGAAGGAGGAGCAGGCCUUCCUGAGCCGCUGCCGAGAGCAGCGCCGCGUGCGGAGCCUGCAGGCCAGCUGCUCGCUCUCCCUGCCCCACCAGCGGGGCCAACCCAACACCGAUGCCACCCCCGGCAUGCGAGGGACCAAGCAUGGCGGGAGCCUAGCUGACCCCGCCCCCAAGAGGGGCGGCCGCAACAAGAAGACUAAGAAGGCGCGCUUGAAGGCCCAGGAAUCCUCGGACAGCACGGUGUCACACAGGAAGCAGGCGCCGCGCCCCCCACUGCAGGGCCUCAACCAGACGUCCUGGUCGCCCUCAGAGACCUCUCAGUCCACCUUCCCUGUGGCCUACCCCACCGUGGUGCCCGCAUACCCGCUGACUGUCUACCCAGGAUCGGGGACCAUGGCCCCCGGUGUUGAUGCCCCCGUCCCGGGAAUGGGGGACAGCCAGGCUGGGCAGGACCCGUGCUUCCCCAUGCAGCCCCCACCCUACACCACACCGCUGGUCACACCUGUGAUGGCCUUCGUCAUGCCCAACUAUGUCUUCCCCCAGGUGGGGGGGGCUCCGCAGGCCUCGUUCCCACCCCAGGCAGCCUUUCUGCCACAGCCACAGUUCUCCAUGCAGCAGCCCUUCCCUCCCCAACAGCCCCUGCCCCCACACGCCCCUUUUGUGCCCCAAACGCCCUUCCCAUCCCAAACCAUGUUCCCCACCCCAUCGUUCCCGUACGGCCUGCCGCCGGAGCCCUCGAAGGCCCCCAGCCCCGAGCUCCGCGACGCUCCCUCCCGCUGCUCCUCCCCCUCGUCAGCGCCACGGGACACGACCUCGCCGCCGCUCUUUGAGUCGCGCUGCAGCUCCCCGCUGCAACUGAACCUGCUGCAGCUGGAGGAGACGACGCGCUGCGGGGAGAGGCAGGACGGGGCAGUGCGGACGGGGAGCAGCGCACCGGGGAGCAGCACCGGUGACAGGGCGGGCCAGGCCAACAAAGAGCUGCAGCAGAUGGGCUCGCUGGACGAGGGUCAGCACAGCGACGCUCAUUCCUCCUCCAGCGACAUGAUGGACAUUGUGCUGCAGGAGGACUCCCGCUCGGGCACCGGCUCAGCCACCUCUGGCUCGCUGGGCUCUGGGUCCAACGGCUGCGGCACCUCUGGCACAGGGAGCAGCCAGACCAGCAACACCAGCAAGUACUUUGGCAGUGUCGACUCGUCUGAGCACGAGCACAAGGCCAAGGCAGCAGGGGGCGAUGGGGAGCACUUCAUGAAGUACGUGCUGCAGGAUCCCAUCUGGCUGCUGAUGGCCAACGCAGAUGAAUCGGUCAUGAUGACCUACCAGCUCCCUACGCGGGACAUGCAGAAGGUGCUGAAGGAGGAUCGGGAGCGGCUGCGGCAGAUGCAGAAGAGCCAGCCGCGCUUUUCCCAGGACCAGAAGAAGGAGCUGAUGGAGGUGCACCCCUGGCUUCUAAAAGGGUGUCUGCCCAAGGCUGUCGACGUAAAGAAGUGUAUGUGCUGUGAGGUCACACGCCCGUCGGGCCCCAUCGACGACGGCCUGCCUGGCAUGGAGCUGGGCACCCUGGGGGAUGCGAGUGAGGAUGACCCUUGCCGGAAGGGUGGAGAAGUGCCCCCUACAAGGCACACGGUUCCCGACAAAGAGCCUCUGCCCUUCAGUAAUGCGUAGCCUGUGGCCACACCGACGCACUGUUCGCGAAGGCCCUGUGUGCACUGUUGCAGACUGACACAGCCCCCAGGCACAGGCAAGUCCCAUGUUACGCACACCUUCAUGCUUCAGUGGUGACUCACCACUAAAUGUAGACCCCCCACCAGUCUGAGCCCGGGAUCCUGAGGUGUUGACACUGUGUUGGGAGCCUCGGAGCCUUCGGAAAUGCGUUGGGGGCAAUGCUGCCUGCCCAACACGACCCAGGAAGGAGGCAGUGAAGCGUCUGUCGGCGUGUCUGUCGGCGUGUCUGUCGGCGUGUCUGUCGGCGUGUCUGUCGGCGUGUCUGUCGGCGUGUCUGUCGGCGUGUCUGUCUUUGUCUUCAUUUGUGUUCAUGGGUUAGCUUGUAAAUCAGGGACUCGUCAUUUCGCCAUUUUCUUAGUGUCCCUGGUGUCCCUAUGUGUCGUUUCCCUCUGUUUUUAUGUUUUAAUAUCUGAGACAAUAUCAUGAAGUUCUGAAUGCUGUCAGGCACAUCAAGCAGGGUUUACUAAACUUUUAUAUGUGAGGGAGUGUGCUCUUUUACUGAAGUCCCCCGUGUAAUUUUACGGGAGAGAUGAUCAGCUUUUGUUUGGCAUAUAAUUAGAUAUAGAAUUUGAAAUCCAAAUAUUUAUAUUCUUUUCUUUAAAUUACUUUACUUUGAAAAUAUGUGCGUUUACAAAUCAAUUGGCCAAUGUUAUUUACAAAACUUUGGACUAUUUUCACAAAGCAGUGAAAAGAAUUCAUGCAAAUUACAUUUUGAAUGUGUACUUUGAAAAUGUAUUUAUGAAUCACUAUGCUUUAGCACUGAUUUCUGUGACGUGUAUAAGUAAUUACGAUUCACGAUUGCCUCCUUUUGGAUGGUGAUUGCUCUAAAAUCCCAGCAAAAUCGACAGGUUGGUAAUUCUGCCAAAAUGUAUGGCAACUUCCUGAAUAUUCUAUAUGAAAGCAUUGUCAAAAGGCUUUCUAUGGCAAACCUGAUGGAUUAAGAAGGGAGAACUAUUUCCGCUGCUACUAUAUAUAAGGCCUACAGCAUGUGUUGACUGUCUGGACCAAAACAACCUAGCAAACUGUGUUAUACCUGUUGUUUAAUGUAAAGCUUGCAUUUGUCCUGUGAAAAAUGUUGUGAGAAACAAGUUAAAAUUUAUUUGCAAUUUUCCCCAGUGAAGUUUGUAUUGUGUUAGCAUUAGGUCACAAAUAUAUUUUUCAAACCAA